UCUAGUAAACAUCUAGUAAAAAAACUAAACUCACAAAAAAAUGGCACCUCAAAUGGAAUACGUCUCAAAAACCCAACACUACUUGAAAGUUAAGAAACCCAUGUUGGAACGUCAACGUCGGGCACGCAUGAACAAGUGUUUGGAUCAACUUAAAGAAUUGGUAGCUGAAUUUCAAGGCAACGAUGCCAUCUUACGCAUGGAUAAAGCUGAGAUGCUCGAAUGUGCUUUAACUUUUAUCAAAAAAGAAGUUAAGAAACCAAUAGUACCCGCUGUCAUACCUAUGGAUUCAUUCCGUCAUGGUUAUAUGAAUGCCGUUAAUGAAGUAUCACGUGUUAUGGCCGCCACUCCUGGCAUGAAUGUACAAUUAGGCAAAUCUGUUAUGAUUCACUUGGGUGGUGAAUACAAUCGUCUGUUGCAAACUUCAAUUGAACAACAGCAGCAACAACAAGAUUUAUCCUGCUCUGCUCCCAUGAGUCCUGCUUCUUCGGGUUAUCACAGUGAUGAAUGCGAUGAAGAUAGUUCCAUGUCUUCACCAGUCAUUGCUCCAGCUGCUGCUCCUGUAUGGCGUCCUUGGUAGUUUGUUUUUUUACUACUUCAGGUUUAGCCUCAAGCUUUAAUUGAAAUCAACUCAACUGCGAUAUUUUCAAAACUGUGAUAACCAAUUUAGUUUUAAGUUG